AUGAAUUAAAGUUAUUUACUCUAAUUAUUUACCCAACCAAUUGCUGAGGGAUUGUCCAUUGUUGAAUUAGAUUAAUUAUUGGAUUACAUUGCCAAAGUGUAUUCUAAUUAAGAAAAUUAAUAAUCUGUAGAUUUAUAUAUGGAAAACAAUUUUACACUUAAGUUAAUAAUGAUCAUCAGAACAAUUUAUCAUUUUGAUUCAAUUAUGCAAAUGAAUCUCCAAAAAUACAAUCCUUUAAAGUUCAAAUAACUUGUCAUCUUUGCCACUUAACAAUUAAAGAAACUUUCCUAAAUUACAUCAGAAUAGGAUUAAUAAAUUAUAUUUUCAUUGUCCAUUCAUCUUGGAAUUAAAUAUUUCAAAUCUUAUAAUAAACUAAUAACUCAUCUUAUUGGAAUUGUUUUUGAAGCAUUUUAAGAAAAAAAUGAAUUGUUUGAUUUUCUAUUGUAAUAAAUGUAACAAUCAUUGGCUAGCACUCAUUAAUAAAUGUCCAAUUCUAUCCUUCCUAUAUUGUUUAUCUUGGAUCAACUACUAAGAUUUUUAUUUAAUAUCAGAACUUUAGAUCAAUAACUUUAAAUUAUUAUUGAACAAAUAUUUCAAUAAUUCUAAUAUCUUGAUUAUGCAAAUACUGAUAUUCAUGUUGGUAAAACGAUAAGCAGCAUAAUUGUGGUAUGCAUUCAAAAAUACAAUUAUUAUUAAUAAGAAAAAUUAUUAAUAUUAUCCUAAGAUUAAUAUUUACUAAAAUUCAUUCAGAAGUAUUUGUUAUUAGACCAUCUCAUUACAUCAAACUUAGUUAAGUCAUUAUGCAUAUUAAUCAAAAAUCAAUCAUAAGUCCAAUCAUAACUGAAAUUUGAAUCACUUUCAAUUCCUUACUUAGCUUAAUUAACGAAUUAAAUAUUACCACUACUAAUAUAAUCAUUUUUAGAAAAAAAAUUUGAUCAUUUAACAUCUUUAUCAGUCUUACAAUUUGUUAAUGAAUGUUUAAGUUACUCUUUUUCGUAUGAUUUUUUCUAAAAUAAUCAGCAAUAAUUAUUAUUUAAUGUUAUUUUUGACAAUCUGCUAUUUGAUGAAGAAGAAAAUGCUAAUUUUUAUGAAAACACUUCAGAUUUUUAUGAAAAUAUAUAAGCCAUUAUUAAAUUUGAUGUAAAUAUACUUAAUUUAUUUAGAAUGAUUCAAUUAAAAGCCUAAUGGCACAAAUCUUGGAUAAGCUUUCAAAAAAUAUUGAUGGAUUUAUUAAAACUUACUAUGAGUUAUCUUCUGAAUUGUUGUUGUUUCAUUUCGAAACAAUUCAAGAAACUACUUUAUGUAAUAAAUUGCAAUAGGAAAUAAUUAAAUGCAACUUUUUUUAAUGUUCCCCCGAGUUAAGAUAUAAUGCAAUUUUGUUAUCAUUUUGCAUCCUAAAUAAAUAACUUACAUCAAGAAAAGAUAUUAGAUAAAGUAUAGAAUACUUUUUAAAGUAAAACUUAAAGUUCAUGAAAAGAAAGGCUGAUGCAUUAGGCAAAUGUUUAGGAAUGGAAUUUAUUAAAAUUGUUUUGCCAUAAAUAUUUUCAAAUUCUGAUAGAUCCUUUUAAAAAUGUAUAAAAUUCUGCUUUGGUAUUUUAAACUAAACGAAAUAAAAAAAAAGUGUUAAGUUAUUUGCCGUUAAAUGCCUUGUUGAUCUUAUUUAGAACUAGGAUGUUUUAAAUAAGAUGGAAGAUUCUGUUGCAUUCUAACAUUCUUAAUUUUGUGACUAAUUAGAACUUUCAGAUCUUGAUAUUUAUUAUGAAUUUGCAUAGAUUGUGAUCUAAAAUUGCAAUUUAAUUGUAGAUACAUAUCUUGAUGAUAUAAUGAAAUCUAUUGCAAAAAGAAUUGAUAUUGGUUGUAAAAAAAUCAAAUUGAAUUAGACUUAAUACAUUAACCACACUUCUAUCGUAUUUAGUUGUAUCAAGAUUAUUGACACAAUUUUGUCCCAAGCCUAUACUUUAAAAUAUACAGUAUUUUUUUUUUAGAUUUUAGGCUUAAAUAGAACCAACCUUAAUUUCAAUUUUAAAUAAUUUAUUACAACCAGAAAAUUUAUAAUUUUUAGAUGAAAUUUUUGACGCUUGUUCAAAAUUCAUUUCAUAUACAAAGGGCUUGACUGAAAUCAUUUAUAUUAUAUUUGACAGUUUGCCUGCUAUUCUAGAAUAAGAAGAAAAAUUAACUGUUGAAAGUGUGUUCAAGUUAUUUUUGCAAAGCACAAUUUAUGCUACUGAAGUGAUUAAAUCUAAACCUUAGUGGAUAUCAACUGUAAAUAAUUAGCCAUAAAUAUUAGAUGUUAAAAUUUAUUUAUUCAGAACUUUAAAAAAAUAAUUCAAUAGAAGAUAAUAUCAGAAUUUCGAUAUUGAUUCAACUAUUUUAUCAAAAUUACAAUUUAGAUGAAUGUUAUUUAUUGUUAACCGAAUAGUUUUACAAAAUUCUUUCAAUUUAAUUGUAAUAGAAAGAAAUAUUACCAAAAACAUAUAUUUCUAUUUUUAUGCCAGUUAUUAUGGAUAAUUCUAAAUUGCUAAAUGCCCAUUUACGAUAAAUCAUUAUCAAUACCAGCAGUUAUUUGAACUUGACAUUUGGAAGAGCCUUAACUGUCUAUAAUUAUAAGUUUUAUUUUAUCAUUAUUCACUUCUUAAUUUUAAACUCUCAUCUCCUUUAUGAAGAAUAACAUAGGCAAUAAAUAAUAGAAUAAUUAUUUAAUAAUUUCCUAAAUAAAUAUGCAGCUUAUUUAGAGAAAAUUUCUUUCCAUUAAACAAUUGGAAACCCAAAUUUUACAUAACAGGUAAAACUCAAACAAUUAUUUAGAUUGAAAAAUCAAUUCCAAAUUUUGAUUUAGAGUAUUAGGACAAUUAAUUAGAAAUACAUUUGAAAGAGAUGUCAAACUACAAAAAAGAAAAUUAAAUUGAAAAACCAAACAGCAUGGAUCUUGAAUCCAUUCGCAUAAUGUCACAAACAUAAUAAACCUAGAUUGUUUAAAACAUUUUAUAAUACUUAAAAAUAAAUUAUCCAUAAAUAAUAUUAUAGUUAACUUAACCAGAUCGCUUAUUACUGAGCAAAAUAUUAUAAAUUAAAGAAGUUGAUGCUUAAAAUUAAAUAAGAGUAAGGCAGAUUAUGAAUGUUUAAAAUUUACAGAGAAAACCAUAAAAUUGA